AUGGGAGAAUGGAACGGCGGAAGCUUCGAAACAGGACAUCCAUCAGACCCAUGGCUGAAGGAAAUUAGAUGGGUGGGCAAGAUUUUCAAGAGUGUGGACGACAUCUACCCCAUCAUAGCACUUGACGACGACGGGAAAAAAGUUUGGCUCGAGAAAUGGGGCGGGGCACAGUUGCUCGAGGGAAAGUAUCGUGGAGUGGUGUCCGCUGCCAUGGUAUACGACAACUACCCCAUCGUUGACUAUUUCCGCCGCGUCUCAGACGAUGUCAUUAUGGGAAUGAUGGAUGCGAAGCAGUGGCGUGACGCAGGGCCCUCGUUCUUCUACCUGAAGCGUGCGAUGUAG